AUGGCUUCAAAUUCGCAACUGCUAUCCCUCCCCGAUGAGGUUCUGCUGCAGAUCGUCGGCCACUUGACGCCGCCCCUCGAUGGACUGGAUAUUCCUUUCACCGCGUACACCGACCCAGAUGGCGUUGUCGUCAGUAAUCGCGUCGCCCUUUACCGCCUCGCCUUUGUCUGCCGCCGGCUUUCGGACCUCGCUAUUCCCUCGCUGUACCAGACAGUCUAUCUCUGGGGUCGGUCACGUCUUCAGUCGCUACUCCAGACGCUACUUGAGCGUCCAGAACUCGGCGCCAACAUGCGCAUUCUCUCAUACGUCUCAUGCCUCGGCAGCGAUCACUACCCAACCGAUGUUCUUUGCCCGUACAAGCGCACCAACUGGCGUCGACUGGUGGCAGACUCACCCCAGUUUCCCGACCGCAUCAAAACUUUCGUUCGCGAUGCGAACAGCGACCUCGAUGUUGCCCAAAUCGUUUUCGCCCUCGUUCUCUACUCGACGCCAAACUUGCGCACCCUGCACAUGCGUAUGCCCUUCGCAGCCGGCGAGUAUCAGAAGCUCAAGGAUAUCCUCACCCCGGAUAUCGAGACGGUCGAAGGAUGUCCUCGCGUCCUGAACUCACUCACCCGCAUCAUGUUGGAACCCAUGCCCGACUUUCCGGGAGCCAGUUUCUGGCCCCGUCGCGAACUACCUUGUCUUCUUCGGCUGCCCAACCUUCGUGCGGUUGAACUCGGCUCUGCCCACUUUCGACCUGCCGUUCUUCCAGCCGGUGAUGGAUGGGGCGACGAUGGCAGUUGGAAGCACGUCGAGGAGGUCAGACUUGUACGCAGCAGUAUGUGGGGGCAAGGCUGGCACGCCGUCUGCGCCCUGUGUCCCAAUCUCAAGCUCCUCGAGAUGGGUCCUUCUGGCGUGUCCGACCAGCCAGCCGACGGCGAGCACAACCUCAACACAGCCCUUUCCCUGGUCGCCGAUACGCUGGAGACCUUCUCUUUUGAGGGCAUCCUUGCUGCCAACUUCUCGCAGCAUGUUGGUGGGGACGGAACUCUCACGUGCCUCCCGAAAAUGAAGAGUCUACGGAACGUGAAGCUGGAUAUCGGGAUUCUCUUCGGUCACCCUCGGAAGAUGGACAAGAUCGACAUCCGCCAAAGCCUGCCGCCGUCGGUUGAGAUUCUCGACCUAGCAGAACUAUGGCACGACGUCGAGAUUGACAAGCUGUCGGCUGCGGACCGCAAGAGCUACGAGAGCUGUAUUCAGGAUACACUGCGCAAGCUCGUCUUCGGCAGCAAGGACAUCCUACCGCGUUUGAAAGAAGUGACUUUCCGUCCCAACCCCUUCUACGCGCAACUUCCCUUGCCAGACACCCUUGUCGUCGGAAAUUCGGACGUUGAUUUCAAGCUCGUCUAUUAG